ACUGCCCCAGCCCCAGUCACAGUCUGUCACAGCCCCAGUCACAGCCAAAGCCCCAGACCCAGUCACAGCCCCAGACCCAGUCACAGCCCCAGACCCAGUCACAGCCCCAGCCCCAGUCGCAGCCCUAGCCCCAGCCACAGCCCCAGCCCCAGCCCCAGUCACAGCCACAGCCCCAGCCCCAGUCACAGCCACAGCCCCAGCCCCAGUCACAGCCGAAGCCCCAGCCCCAGCCCCAGUCACAGCCACAGCCCCAGCCCCAGUCAGUACCCCAGCCCCAGCCCCAGCCCUAGUCACAGCCUCAGCCCCAGCCCCAGGCCCAGCUCCAGUCACAGCCCCAGCACCAGCCCCAGCCCCAGCCCCAGUCACAUCACCAGCAACAAUCAAAGCCCCAGUCAUAGCCCCAGCCUCAGUCACAGCCCCAGUCACAGCAACAGCCCCAGCCCCAGCCCCAGCCCCAGCCCUAGCCCCAGCCAGAGUCCCAGCCACUGCCCCAGCCCCAGUCACAGUCUCAGUCACAGCUACAGCCCCAGCCCCAGCCCCAGCCCCAGCCCCAGUCACAGCCGAAGCCCCAGCCCCAGCCCCAGUCAGAGCCCCAGCUCCAGCCCCAGUCACAGCAGCAGCCCCAGUCUCAGCCACAGCUCCAGCCCCAGGCACAGCCUCAGCCCCAAGGCAACAUCCCCCAGCCCCAUCCCCAGGCAAAGCCCCAGCCCCAGCCCCAGUCAUAGCCCCACCCCCAGCCCCAGUCACAGCCCCAGCCCCAGUCUCAGCCACAGCCCCAGCCCCAAUCCCAGUCACUGCCCGAGCCCCAGCCCCAGCCCCAGUCACAGCCACAGCCCCAGCCCCAGUCACAGUCUCAGUCACAGCAACAGGCCCAGCCCCAGCCCUAGGCAAAGGCCCAGGCCCAGUCACAGCCCCAGUCACAGCCCCAGCCCCAGACACAGCCCCAGCACCAGUCACUGCCCAAGCCCCAUCCCCAGUCACAGCCACAGCCCCAGCACCAGACACAGCCCCAGCCCCAGUCACUGCCCCAGCCCCAGUCACAGCCUCAGUCACAGCCCCAACCGCAGUCACAGCCACAGCCCCAGUCCCAGUCACUGCCCCAGCCCCAGUCACAGCCUCAGUCACAGCCCCAAUCACAGCCCCAGUCACAGCCCCAGUCACAGCCCCACUAACAGCCCCAGUCACAGCAGCAGCCCCAGUCACAGCCACAGCCCCAGCCCCAGCCCCCCACCCAGGCCCAGCUCCAGUCACAGCCGAAGCCUCAACCCCAGUCACAGCCCCAGCAACAGCCCCAGGCCCUGCCCCAGCCCCAGCCCCAACCCCAGUCCCAGCCCCGGCCGUAACCACAGCCCCAGCUCCAGCCCCAGCUCCAGAUCCGGACCCUGCCCCAGACCCAGCCCCAGACCCAGCCCCAGACCCAGCCCCAGACACAGCCCCAGUCACAGCCCCAAUAACAGCCCCAGUAACAAUCGCAGCCCCAGUCACAGCCGAAGCCCCAGCCCCAGCCCCAGUCACAGCCCCAGUCACAGCCACAGCCCCAGCCCCAGUUACUGCCCCAGCCCCAGCCCAAGCUCUACCCCAGCCCCAGCCGCUUAUCCAACCCCAAGACACAGCCCCAGACCCAGACACAGACCCAGCCCCAGUCACUGCCCCAGCCCCAGUCACAGCCUCAGUCACAGCACCAACCCCAGUCACAGCCACAGCCCCAGUCACUGCCCCAGCCCCAGCCCCAGUCCCAGUCACAGCCCCAGCCCCAGUCACAGCCCCAGUCACUGCCCCAGCCCCAGCCCCAUUCACAGCCCCAGCCCCAGCCCCAGUCACUGCCCCAGCCCCAGUCCCAAUCCCAAUCACAGCCCCUGUCACAGCCCCAGCCCCAGUCACAGCCCCAGUAACAGCACCAGUCACAGCAGCAGCCCCAACCCCAGCCUCACCCCAGCCCCAAGCUCCAGCCCCAGUCACAGCAGCAGCCUCAACCCCAGUCACAACCCCAGCUCCAGCUCCAGCCCCAGUCUCAGGCCCAGUCAAGGCACCAGCCCCAGACACAGACCCAGUCCCAGCCCCAGCCCCAGUCAAAAGCACAGCCACAGAAACAGUCACAGCCCCAAUCACAGCCCCAGUCCCAGCCGCAGCCCCACAACAAGCCCCAGCCCCAGCCCCAGGCACAGCCCCAGCCCCAGUCUCAGCCACAGCUCCAGCCCCAAACACAGCCUCAGCCCCAAGCACAGCCCCAGCCCCAGCCCCAGCCCCAGCCCCAGUCACAGCCCCAGCCCCAGUCACUGCCCCAGCCCCAGUCACAGCCUCAGUCGCAGCCCCAACCCCAGUCACAGCCACAGCCCCAGUCACUGCCCCAGCCCCAGCCCGAGUCACAGCCCCAGUCACAGCCCCAGCCCCAGCCUCAGUCACAGCCCCAACCCCAGUCACAGCCCCAACCCCAGUCACAGCCACAGCCCCAGUCACUGCCCCAGCCGCAGCCCCAGCCCCAGUCACAGCCCCAGUCACAAUCCCAGUCCCAGCCCCAGCCCCAGUCACAACCCCAGCCCCAGGCACAGCCCCAGCCCCAGUCACAGCCCCAACCCCAGUCUCAGCCACAGCUCCAGCCCCAAGCACAGCCUCAGCCCCAAGCACAGCCCCAGCCCCAGCCCCAAC